AAUAGUAUGAUAAUACCGUACAAUAUGAUUAAACAAUUCAAAGGUUUUCAAGUUUUUUGAAGCCAGAAACCCAAAAGACAGAUUUACAGAGAGUCGAGCAAUGGAGAUGUUAAACGUGGUCAUCGGUGUUUUAGUUGGUGGGUUUGUAUUAUUGUUCUUGUAUCUUUAUAAUUCUUUUGUGUUGGAACCUAUAAGGCUAAGAUCAAAGCUUCAAAAGCAAGGGAUUGGAGGGCCUUUACCUUCUUUUCUGUUGGGAAAUAUAUCUGAAAUGAAAAAAAUCAAGCUUGAGUUAAGCUCAAAAAGGACUACUACUACUUGUAAUACAAACGACAAACUUUACGAUGUCGUUUCGAUUGGUCAUCAUUGGCCUUCCACCAUCUUUCCCCAUUUGAUACAGUGGAGAGUUGACCAUGGGCCAAUUUUUAGUUAUGCAGUAGGAAAUAUUCAAUUCUUAUGCAUAACAGAUAUAGAGUUGGUGAAAGAAGUUAGUCUAUGCACUUCUUUAAGUCUUGGAAAACCUUCUUAUCUCUCCAAGAAUCAUGGACCCCUGUUUGGCCAGGGUAUUAUAUCCUCUAGUGGUCAAAUUUGGGCUCACCAGAAAAAGAUUAUUGCUCCUGAACUCUACAUUGACAAGGUCAAGGGUAUGGUGGAACUUAUGGUGAACUCUACAAAUUCCUUGAUAAGAUCUUGGGAGAAGAAAAUUGAAGAUGAGGGAGGAGUUUCUGAUAUUAAGGUUGAUGAUGAUUUGAGAAGCUUGUCUGCUGAUAUAAUCUCAAAAGCCUGUUUUGGAAGCAGUUAUUCACAAGGGGAGCAAAUUUUCUCAAAGCUUAGAACUCUUCAAAAGUUGAUGUCCAAAAGAACUAUUGGGAUUCCUGGCAUAAGAUUCAUUCCAACAAUGAACAACAUUCAUGUGUGGAGACUAGAGAAACAAAUCAAUGCUAUGAUUUUAGAGGUGGUGAAGCAAAGAACUGAGGCUGCUGAUGAAAAGGACCUUUUGCAGAUGAUAGUUGAGGGGGCGAAAGCUUGUGGCGGUAUAGAUAGCCCAUCAGUUGGCCUUACUCAUGACAAAUUCAUUGUAGAUAACUGCAAGAGUAUAUAUUUUGCUGGCCAUGAAACGACUGCUACUACAGCAUCUUGGGCCUUGUUGCUGCUGGCUGCUUAUCCAGCUUGGCAAACUCGCGUUCGUGCAGAGGUGGAAGAAGUUUGGAAGAAUGGAAGUCCUCAUGCCAAUAUGCUCCGAAGCAUGAAAGUUCUCACUAUGGUGAUUCAAGAGACUUUGCGCCUUUACCCGCCUGGAGUUUAUGUCGUAAGGAAUGCCUUGCAGGAUGUUCAAUUUAAAGACAUUCUAGUUCCAAAAGGAAUAAAUAUUCAAAUUCCAAUCUCUAUGAUGCAACAAGACACUAAUCUGUGGGGUCCUGAUGCCCAACAAUUCAAUCCAGGAAGAUUUGAGCAUGGAAUUCUUGGAGCUUCCAAGUUUCCUCAGGCUUACAUGCCCUUUGGUAUAGGGACUCGAAUUUGUAUUGGGCAGCACAUGGCCAUGACAGAACUGAAAGUAGUAUUAUCUCUUAUUCUGUCCAAGUUUUGUUUCUCAGUCUCACCGGCUUACCGCCAUUCUGCAGCUUUCAGGUUGGUCAUCGAAUCAGAACAUGGGGUUAAUCUCCAAGUGAGGAGAAUUUGACUUAUGUAAAUCUACAAUUUAAGAUAACACAAAGCUGUGAUUAUGUGAUGAGUAAUGUUGUGGAUGGUUCUUAUGAUGAGUUGUUGCAUAAGUAAUCUUAAAAAACAAUGAUAUUGUUUACACCCGCA